CAUAACUUCCGGUCCGAUUGUCUUUACCGUCGUAAGGAUCCUGUUCCGGGCGUAAGCGCAGCGAAGGUUCCGGAGCAGGGUUGUAUUUGUUUGAGGCGAUCGCCUUCCUUCGCUCUCACACUUGACCGAAGUGAUCUGAGUCUCACAGGGGAAACUGGUGUUAAUCACUUUAGCUCAGAUAUCACGGAACUUUUUUUUUUCGCCAGACAAGACGUUCUGGGACUUGUGGUUUUGCUUCUGGAAACGGACUCCGAGCCUGACAGCUGACGGAAGUGAAGCUGCGGGGGAAUGGCAGCGGCUGCGACCAUGGCGGCUGCUGCCCGCGAGCUGGUGUUGCGGGCCGGGGCCUCAGAUAUGGAGGAGGAGGAGGGCCCGCUGGGGGGUGCUUCUGGACUCCAAGAGCCCCUGCAACUUGGGGAGCUGGAUAUCACCUCUGAUGAAUUCAUCCUGGAUGAAGUGGAUGUUCACAUCCAGGCAAAUCUGGAGGAUGAGUUAGUGAAGGAAGCUCUCAAGACGGGUGUGGAUCUGCGACACUAUUCGAAGCAGGUGGAGCUGGAGCUUCAGCAGAUUGAGCAAAAGUCCAUUCGGGACUAUAUCCAAGAGAGUGAAAACAUCGCGUCUCUGCACAAUCAGAUCACAGCCUGCGAUGCUGUCCUGGAGCGCAUGGAGCAGAUGCUGGGAGCUUUCCAGAGCGACCUCAGCUCCAUCAGCUCCGAGAUCCGGACCCUGCAGGAGCAGUCAGGAGCCAUGAACAUCCGACUUCGUAACCGACAAGCAGUGCGGGGGAAACUUGGGGAACUUGUAGAUGGGCUAGUGGUGCCCUCUGCUCUGGUCACAGCAAUUCUGGACGCUCCAGUGACAGAGCCCAGGUUCCUGGAGCAGCUGCAGGAGCUGGACGCCAAGGCAGCUGCGGUCAGAGAGCAGGAGGCGAGGGGCACGGCUGCCUGCGCAGACGUCAGGGGCGUGCUAGACCGGCUGCGCGUCAAGGCAGUGACGAAGAUCCGCGAGUUCAUCCUCCAGAAGAUUUAUUCAUUCCGAAAGCCGAUGACCAACUAUCAAAUCCCCCAGACAGCCCUGCUGAAGUACAGGUUCUUCUAUCAGUUCCUGUUGGGCAAUGAGCGAGCAACAGCCAAGGAGAUCAGGGAUGAGUAUGUGGAGACGCUGAGCAAGAUCUACCUGUCUUACUUCCGCUCCUACCUGGGGCGGCUCAUGAAAGUGCAGUACGAGGAGGUUGCUGAGAAAGACGAUCUAAUGGGUGUGGAAGACACAGCAAAGAAAGGAUUCUUCUCGAAGCCGUCCCUCCGAAGCAGGAACACCAUCUUCACUCUGGGCACCCGAGGUUCUGUCAUCUCCCCCACUGAACUUGAGGCCCCCAUCCUGGUGCCCCAUACUGCCCAGCGUGGAGAGCAGAGGUAUCCGUUUGAAGCUCUCUUCCGCAGCCAGCACUACGCUCUUCUCGACAAUUCUUGCCGUGAAUAUCUUUUCAUCUGUGAAUUUUUUGUUGUAUCUGGCCCAGCUGCACAUGACCUAUUCCACGCUGUCAUGGGCCGCACACUCGCCAUGACCCUGAAACACCUGGAGUCCUACCUGGCCGACUGCUACGACGCCAUUGCUGUUUUUCUCUGCAUCCACAUUGUUCUCCGAUUCCGCAACAUUGCAGCCAAGAGGGACGUUCCUGCUCUGGACAGGUACUGGGAGCAGGUGCUUGCCUUGCUGUGGCCUCGGUUUGAGCUGAUCCUGGAAAUGAAUGUCCAGAGCGUCCGCAGCACCGACCCCCAGCGCCUCGGGGGGCUAGACACUCGGCCGCACUAUAUCACACGCCGCUAUGCUGAGUUCUCCUCUGCGCUGGUCAGCAUCAACCAGACCAUCCCUAAUGAACGCACCCUGCAGCUGCUGGGACAGCUACAGGUGGAGGUGGAGAAUUUUGUCCUCCGAGUGGCCGCAGAGUUCUCCUCCAGGAAGGAGCAGCUUGUGUUUCUGAUCAACAACUAUGACAUGAUGCUGGGUGUGCUGAUGGAGCGAGCUGCUGACGACAGCAAAGAGGUGGAGAGUUUCCAGCAGCUGCUCAAUGCUCGGACACAGGAAUUCAUUGAGGAGUUGCUGUCUCCUCCCUUCGGGGGUCUGGUGGCCUUUGUGAAGGAGGCUGAGACUUUGAUUGAGCGUGGACAGGCUGAGCGCCUUCGAGGGGAAGAAGCCCGAGUCACUCAGCUGAUCCGUGGCUUUGGUGGUUCCUGGAAGGCGUCGGUGGAGUCUCUGAGUCAGGAUGUCAUGCGGAGUUUCACCAACUUUCGAAAUGGAACCAGCAUCAUCCAGGGGGCGCUGACCCAGCUGAUCCAGCUCUACCAUCGCUUCCACCGGGUGCUGGCACAACCACAGCUCCGGGCACUGCCUGCCAGGGCCGAGCUCAUCAAUAUUCAUCACCUCAUGGUGGAGCUCAAGAAACACAAGCCUAACUUCUGACUUGGUCCCAGGGUCUGACAGCUCCAUGGACUCUGCACCUCACACAGUGUCACCUGGGUCCCCUUCCCCCUCCUGUUGUCUCUGAGGCUUCCACACUCCUCCCCCAGCCUCCAUUGAGGACUCUGCCUCAACAGAGUGUGCUCAAGGCCGCUU